UCGUGCCCUGAUUUACUAAUUUACCGAUUGUGUAAAAGAAUCAGACAUAAGAGAUCCUCUAACCAGAGGACCUUAGUCGUUCGACUGAACUUAGAUAGCAGAUUUAUUCGCAAUUUGUGACGUCAUAUAAGACUUUUUUAUUUCAACAAGAUCUUCAUCGAGCAAAUGCUUGAACAAAUUAAAACCAAUAUCCAGUGCCGCCGCUAGUAUCAGAAAUACAUGUCAAUGGUCAUCACUAUCAUAUUGCAACAUCGAAUAACAUAAAAAAUAAUGUUGACUCUUGAUACGGGCUCUGCAAACUCCUGCAACUACACGGCUCUGCCAAUGUCUUACGUGUUUAACAUCGGAAAAAGUGGCUUAAUCGGUCGCAGUUGGGCCAUGCUUUUUGCCAGUGUGGGCUACGAGGUAAUUAUCUAUGAUAUCGUUAAAGAACAAAUUUCUCGAGCGCUUGAUGAUAUUCAUGACCAGUUGAAACGACUUGAAAGUGGCGGCCUCUUACGAGGCACGCUUAACGCGGACCAACAAUUUAAUUUAAUUAAAGGAUCUUCAAACUUGGCUGAAACUGUAAAAGGAGCUAAACUUGUACAAGAAUGUGUUCCUGAAAAUCUUCCAUUAAAACUCAAGGUUUAUAAUGAACUUGACAAAGUAGUGGAUGACAAAGUUAUUCUAUCUUCUUCGACGUCAACUUUCCGUCCAUCUUUAUUCAGUAAAGACUUAAAACAUCGCGAACAAAUAAUUGUGUCACAUCCCGUGAACCCUCCAUAUUAUGUACCACUUGUAGAAAUUGUGCCUGCACCCUGGACCCGUGCUGACAUACCCGCAAAAACAAAGGCUAUUAUGACUGAAAUAGGGCAAAAACCUGUUGUGUUGUCUAGAGAAAUUGAUGGUUUUGCUCUUAAUCGAAUACAAUACGCGAUCUUAAAUGAGGCGUGGAGAUUAGUAGCUGAUGGAGUAUUAAGCGCUAAGGAUAUAGAUGCAGUUAUGAGUGAAGGUCUUGGAAUGAGAUACGCGUUCCUCGGUGCCUUUGAAGCCGCUCACUUAAAUGCUGAAGGAAUGAAAAAAUACUGUGAGACGUAUAAAAAUUCGAUUUACGACGUGAGCAUGACAUUUGGUCCUGUACCUAAGUUCGAAGGCGAGAUGGCAGAAAAAAUAAGUAAUGAAUUAAACGAAAUGUCUCCACUGGAUAAACUUCAAGAAGCGCGUGCUUGGAGAGACGAAGCUUUAACAAAAUUAUCUAUAUUAAAGAAAGAAUUAGCCAAAAAAAAAUAAAAUAAUUACUAAAUUAAAAUUAUAUUAUGACGCAUAAAAGCGUUUUUCUAAACUAUAUACAGAUUUAUAAAUAAAAAUAUUGAAUUAUGAAAAUCUU